AGCCUGGAGGUGUGGUCCGCCUUGAAAUACCCGCCCCCUCCCCGCCGCUCUUCUUUGUCUCCGGCUAGUCCUCCACUGCCUCCCGACCAUGACCUGCUUCUUCAGGCAACCCUGGCCGCGCAGGCUUCCAGGCUGCUCCUGGAUCCCAAGUGUUAGCUCCAGCUGCCCCCAGGCCUUAGGCAGCUUCCCCUGCCCAGCAGGGUUCUGCAACCCGUGUCUCCAGCACCUGGGGCUGGCAAGUGCCAGGAUCCGUGUCUAAGCUGCGUCUCCGGUGCAGAGAGGGGGCGCAGGAUGAAGUCCCCGCCUCUCCGCUUUCCCUCUUCCUCCCAUCCUCCCCCACUGCUCGGCGCUUUGCCCCUGACCCCAUCGCAGCCUGUUCGAGCCUUAGUGGCUCUUCUGCGGUUAUGGGAUCCCCGAGAGCACUCGGUACACCGCCACCCCCACCUCCCCCGCCGGGCCUUAGCCCACACGCAGAACACAGCCCCAUGCAAGAUCGCCCUCACACACACCACAGCCUUUCGCGGACGCACGGCCCUGCACAAGCGCACUGCCUCCUCCAUGCACAGCCCCAACAGCCACAAUCCCACUCGCAAACAAGCCCACACAUAACACAACACCCCUCAGACACACUCGGGCCCACGCAGACACAAUUCCCCCCCCCACACAACCUCACACAGACACAGCUCUGCACAGGCGCAGUCACACCCACGCAGUCACACCCCCCCAUAAACAAUCGCAUACAAACAUGACCCACGCAGGCACCGCAUCACUCGGUUCCUCUGAGACCCAGAGACACAUUCACAGCUUGCAGCCAUUCACAGCUCGCAGCCAGACCCCUACACCCCGUGACAUUCACACGUAGGACAGACCAGCAGUAUACCGCCUCAUUGAUACACACACGGACUUCAACGCGCAGCCAAGAAGAGCUCACCCACCGGCUCGAUCUUCUCCGGCUGCCGAGUUCUGGAAGGAGCGAAGGGGAGCAGGCGUGCGCGGAGGAGGAGGCUGCCUGGGGAAGGGAGACGGCGAGACGCGCAGCGCCGGCGCUGGGAGACCCGGGAGGAGCCCGCAGAUAACCAGCCCAAGUCAUGCAGUCUUUCCGAGAAAGGUGCGGUUUCCAUGGCAAACAACAGAACUACCAGCAGACCUCACAGGAGACACCGCGCCUGGAGGACUACAGGCAGCCGAGCCAGGCCGGGCUGAGCUGUGACCGGCAGAGGCUGCUAGCCAAGGACUAUUACAGCUCGCCUUGCUGUAUCCUUAUGUCUAUAAAGAAAUCAACGCCCUCCUUCCCCACCUCCUCCACCUACUCUCCCGCCGGCCAGGGCAGCGGGCAGGGGACUCACUCAUUUAAAAGCUGCACAGUGCCGCCUGCCCAGCCCCACGAUCGGCCGCUGGCGGCCAGCACCAGCCUGGCCCCGGGGCAGGGAGCCCAGAACCUGCACGCCUAUCCGCCUGGCCGCCUCAGCUACAACCAGCAGAAGCCGCCGCCGCAGCAAGCCCUUCAGAGCCGACACCACGCUCAGGAAACCCUCCAUUACCAAAACCUUGCCAAGUACCAACACUAUGGGCAGCAAGGCCCGGGCUACUGCCAGCCAGAGGCGGCCCUCAGGACCCCGGAGCAGUACUACCAGACCUUCAGUCCCAGCUCCAGCCACUCGCCCGCACGCUCCCUGGGCCGCUCGCCCUCCUACAGCUCCACCCCGUCACCGCUGAUGCCAAACCUGGAGAACUUCCCCUACAGCCAGCAGCCGCUCGGCGCCGGGCCUUUUCCCGCAGGCGGCGCUGACCACAGCCACUUCAUGCCCCUGCUCAACCCCUCCCCGACCGACGCCACCAGCUCCGUGGACACGCAGGCCAGCAACUGCAAGCCGCUGCAGAAGGACAAGCUCCCCGAGAGCCUGCUGUCGGACCUCAGCCUGCAGAGCCUCACGGCCCUGACCUCGCAGGUGGCCAGCAUCUCCAGUACCGUCCAGCAGCUGCUGCUCUCGAGGGCCGCGCCGCACAGGAAGGCCGCCAACGGCUCUGAGGACCCGCUGGAGCGCAGCUUCCUGUACUGCGGCCAGGCCCGCGGCAGCCCCGCCAGGGUCAGCAGCCACGCCAAGGCCAAGCCCGAGUCCGUGUCCACCUGCUCCGUGACCUCACCUGACGACAUGUCCACCAAGUCGGACGACUCCUUCCACAGCCUGCACGGCAGCUUGCCGCUCGACAGCUUCUCCAAGUUCGUGGCGGGCGAGCAGGACUGCCCGCGGCUGCUGCUCAGCGCCCUGGCGCAGGAGGACCUGGCCUCCGAGAUCCUGGGGCUGCAGGAGGCCAUCGGCGAGAAGGCCGACAAGGCGUGGGCCCCGCUGCCCAGCCUCGCCAAGGACGCCAGCAAGCCCUUCUCGCUGGAGAGCCACGGCGCCUGCCUGGACUCCGUGGCCAAGAGCGCGUGGCCACGGCCAGGGGAGCCCGAGGCUGCGCCUGAGGCCUUACAGCUGGACAAGGGCGGCAGCGCCAAGGACUUCAGCCCAGGGCUGUUUGAAGACCCUUCUGUGGGCGUCGUCACCCCGGACCCCAAGAAGACACCUGGCCCCCUCUCCUUCGGCCCCGGGCCCGGCCUCGGGGCUGCCACUACAGACCCCACGGCAGCUUUUGACUGCUUCCCCGAUACGGCCGCCACUGGCUCAGCGGACAGUGCCAACCCCUUCUCCUGGCCCGAGGAGAACCUGGGGGAUGCUUGUCCUCGGUGGGGGCUGCACCCCAGCGAGCUCCCCAAGGCUCUGGAGCAGGCUGGGAAGGCCUCGGACGGCGUCGGCAAGGAGAAUGCCCACGAGGCCUCAGCCUACCUGGGCUUCCGGGAGGAGGAGCCCGGGGAGAAGGCCGCGGUGCCCCAGGACUCCAAGCAGGAGGAGGCAGGUGGGGUGAAGGAGGAGGCGGGCGGGCUGCUGCAGUGCCCUGAGGUAGGCAAAGCCGACGCGUGGCUGGAGGACGGCCGGCACUGCUGCGCCGCCACAGACUUCGGGGACCUCCCGCUGCUGCCGGCCCCUGGCAGGAAGGAGGACCUGGAGGCUGAGGAGGAGUACUCGUCCCUGUGUGAGCUCCUGGGCAGCCCCGGGCAGAGGCCCAGCGUGCAGGACCCGCUGUCGCCGAAGGCUCCGCUGAUGUGCACCAAGGAGGAGGUGGAGGAGGUGCUGGACCCCAAGGCCGGCUGGGGCUCCCCCUGCCACCUCUCGGGAGAGUCUGUCCUCUUGCUGGGUCCCACCGUGGGCGCCGAGUCGAAGGUGCAGAGCUGGUUUGAGUCCUCCUUGUCCCACAUGAAGCCGGGGGAAGAGGGGCCCAAUGGGGCGUUGACUCGGGGGGAUCCUGCCGCCCUGGCCCCCGAGGCCUCCUUGGUCCAGAAGCCAAACAAGCCCGCUGUCCCCGAGGCGCCCAUUGCUAAGAGAGAGCCCGUGCCACGGGGCAAAAGCUUGCGGAGCCGGCGGGUGCAUCGGGGGCUCCCCGAGGCCGAGGACUCCCCGUGCAGGGCGCCGGUUCUGCCCAAAGACUUCCUGCUUCCAGAAUCCUGCACGGGGCCCCCCCAGGGACAGAUGGAAGGGGCAGGAGCCCCGGGCCGGGGGGCCUCAGAAGGGCUCCCCAGGAUGUGCACCCGCUCCUUCACAGCCCUGAGUGAGCCCCGCACACCUGGACCCCCAGGACUGACCACCACCCCUGCCCCCCCAGACAAACUGGGGGGCAAGCAGCGAGCUGCCUUCAAGUCUGGCAAGCGGGUCGGGAAGCCCUCCCCCAAGGCGGCGUCCAGCCCCAGUAACCCGGCUGCCCUGCCCGUCGCCUCCGACAGCAGCCCCCUGGGCUCCAAGACCAAGGAGACGGACUCGCCCAGCACGCCCGGCAGAGACCAGCGCUCCAUGAUCCUGCGGUCCCGCAGCAAGACCCAGGAGGCCUUCCCCUGCAAGCGGCGGCCCUCGGAGAGCCGGGUCCCCAGCUGCCGUGCCACCAAGAGGCUCCUUGCCAGCAGCCACCUGCCUGCCACCUUCAAGGUCUCUGGCAACUCCCAGAAGGAGGGCCGGGCCAGCCAGCGGGCGAGGGCCCCCAAGCCCAGUGCGGGUGGCAAGCUCUCUGACCGGCCCCUCCAUGCACUCAAAAGGAAGUCGGCCUUCAUGGCGCCAGUCCCCACCAAGAGGCGGAACCUAGCCUUACGGAGCAGCGGCGAGGCCGGUGGCGGCCGGGGGGACGUGAAGGAGGAACAGGCCGAGGGCUCCCCGACCCUCUUCAAGAGGAUGUCUUCUCCCAAGAAAGCCAAGCCCGCCAAGGGCACCAGCGAGCUCACCCCGAAGCCCCCGCCUCCGGAGACCCCCGACACCUGUCCGAAGCUGGCCUCGCGGGUGGCCUGCCCGGGAGCCAUGAAGACCAAGGUGCUGCCGCCCCGGAAAGGCCGGGGCCUGAAGCUGGAGGCCAUUGUGCAGAAGAUCACCUCGCCCAACCUGAAAAAGUUUGCCUGCAAAGUGCCAGGGGCCACCCCUGGGAGCCCCCUGAGCCCGCCCCUCCCUGAGAAGGACCGCGGGCUCAAGGGUGCCAGGGGCAGCCCAGGGGGGGCGGAAGGACUCCUGAGUGUGGGCACUGGGCAGAAGCUCCUGGCAGCUUCAGGGACCGACCCGUUUUGCAGAAAUGCAUCCAAUAGAUCCUUAAAAGGCAAACUCAUCAAUAGUAAGAAACUGUCCUCGACUGACUGUUUCAAAACCGAGGACUUCACGUCCCCAGAGGCCCUGCCCCUCAGGAGGACGGUCCUGGCGCCGAAGAAAAGAAGCCGGAAAGGCAGGGCUGGAGCCCUGGGGCUCCCCAAAGGGCCCCCGGAGAAGCAGCCCCAUGCAGGCCCUGCGCUGCUCUUGACUCCCCGCGACAGGGCCAGCAGCAUGCAGGGUGGCAGUGAGGACAGCCCUGGUGGAGGAAGCAAGAAGCCAAAGGUGGAGGAGCUGGGCCUGGCCCCCCAGCCCCCUGAGAGCAGGUCCUGCCAGCCCCCGAUGAGGGCGCAGAAGCAGCCAGGCCACGCCAACUGCAGCAACUAUUCCAAGCGGAAGCGCCUCACUCGGGGCCGCGCCAAGAAUACCAGCUCCUCACCCUGUAAGGGGCGUGCCAAGCGGCGGCGGCAGCAGCAGCAGGUGCUGCCUCUGGAUCCUGCAGAGCCUGAAAUCCGCCUCAAGUACAUUUCCGCCUGCAAGCGGCUGCGGGCAGACAGCCGCGCCCCGGCCUUCUCGCCUUUCGUGCGGGUGGAGAAGCGAGAUGCAUUCACCACUGUAUGCACUGUUGUCAACUCCCCUGGGGAGGAGCCCAAGCCCCACGGGAAACCUUCCUCCUCUGCCUCCUCGUCCUCGUCCUCGUCCUCCCUGGACGCAGCUGGGACCUCCCUGGCCACUCUCCCGGGAGGCUCUGCCCUGCAGCCCCGGCCCUCUCUGCCUCUCUCCUCCACCAUGCGUCUGGGGCCCGUGGUCUCCAAGGCCCUGAGUACCUCUUGCCUUGUUUGCUGCCUCUGCCAAAACCCGGCCAACUUCAAGGACCUCGGGGACCUCUGUGGGCCCUACUACCCCGAACACUGCCUCCCCAAAAAGAAGCCAAAACUCAAGGAGAAGGUGCGGCUGGAGGGCACCUGUGAGGAGGCCUCACUGCCCCUCGAGAGAACACUCAAGGGCCUUGAGUGUGCAGCCGCCGCCGCCACCAGUAAAGCCCCCAGGCCCGACGGCUCUGCUGACCCGGCCAAGCAGGGUUCGCUGCGCACCAGUGCCCGGGGCCUGUCCCGGAGGCUGCAGAGCUGCUACUGCUGUGACGGGCGAGGGGACGGCGGUGAGGAGGUGGCCCCAGUGGCUGACAAGACCCGCAAGCAUGAGUGCAGCAAGGAGGCCCCCGCGGAGCCUGGCGGGGACACCCAGGAGCACUGGGUGCACGAGGCCUGCGCUGUGUGGACGGGUGGGGUCUACCUGGUGGCCGGGAAGCUCUUUGGGCUGCAGGAGGCCAUGAAGGUGGCCUUGGACAUGACGUGUUCCAGCUGCCACGAAGCGGGGGCCACCGUCGGGUGUUGCCACAAAGGGUGCGGGCACACCUACCACUACCCGUGUGCCAGCGAUGCAGGUUGCGCGUUCACCGAAGAUAACUUUUCUUUGAAAUGCCCCAAGCAUAAGAGGCUUCCAUUGUAACCGCCGAGGCUGGGGAAGCGGCGACCUGCCCGCGGAGGGGCCUCUGUGCAGCCAGCCGAGACCUCGCAGGGCCACCCUGACCUGAGGGCCGUGGAUCUGGCUGCCCAGGGCUGAACCACCAGGUCCCGGGUUGGGAAGAAAACAGGUUCUGGAGCUGCCUGCUCCCGGCGGACCACAGCGUUCCUACCCACACCCGGCCAGGCUUGGGAAGGGGCCCAGGUCCCAGCAGGGAGUUCCAUCACGGCGGUGCUACCCGCACAGCUGCACCCUGGAGCUGGGCCGAGGGGCCUGGAGGUGACAGAGGUGGCUCCUAGGAGUGCGGGGUAGGGCUGCAGGGGGUGGGCCAGAGGCUUUGGAACAAACCACCCAGGACCUGCCCGAGCGCCCUUCCUACCCAGCAUUUGCCAAAACCUUCUCGUAGUUUGAGCAGAGCCAGAAGAGCCGGGGGCCAUACCCAAGAGAUGCAGGUUCCCGGGGGUAAGCUGGACUGGGGGGCACCCCUUUUGCUUCGGUUCUUCCCUUUUCCAGUCCUCCACCCACCCCUGAGCCGCCUGGGGCCCAGAGGAGUCUCCUCAGAGCCCAGCUCCAGCGGACCGUGGUGCCCUCUGACGACCCUUCUCCGGGACCGCAGCACCCACCGCCCACAGCAGAGCAGCCUGGAUCUGUGUGCAAACCUGUGUACCCCCCCUCGAUGUUGCAUAGAAUGUACAUAUGUGGGGAACAUGCUCGCUUCUCCGUGUGUCGCUGCCGUCGUCGCGCACGCCUCAGCACAGGCCCCGGGGGGCACAGCGAGGGCGCUUGUCCCGAGCGGCCCCCCAGCCCAGGCCAGUCCCUGGGCCCCCUGCCCUCAGCUCUGUCCGUGCUUCAAUAGGCCUGAGGCAGCCCCAGACCGGGGCACCUAGCAACUUCCUGUACAUAGACUGUAAAAUGGUAAACGUGUGUAUUAUAUCUGGCCUCGUUAUAUAGUGUAUAUAUAUGUAUACAUAUACAUAUAUAUAAUAUAUAUGAAGACUGUAAAUGUUAAGACUAGUGUUCUUAUUAGUAUAUUGCUUCACACUGAAGAUUGUGUGUAUCGAGCUGUUUCUAAAAGAUGUUUAUUUUCCUUAAGAGUAAAAAACAGUCAUUGCAUUCAGAAAAAAGUCAAUAAAAAUACGAUUGUUUUGGAA